CGGCGCCGAUAUAAGGCGGCGCGGCCGCCCCGGCGCCCCGCUCGCCAUGCUGCCGCUGCUGCUGCCCCUGCUGCUGGCCGCCCCCGGCUGCGGCGCCGGCCCGGCCGCCCGCGUGGUCAACGGCGAGGACGCCGUGCCCUACAGCUGGCCCUGGCAGGUCUCGCUGCAGUACGAGCACAACGGCUCCUUCCGGCACACGUGCGGCGGCAGCCUCGUCGCGCCCCACUGGGUGAUGACGGCCGCCCACUGCAUCUCCUCCUCGCGCACCUACCGGGUGGUGCUGGGCGAGUACGACCUGUCCGUGGAGGAGGGCACUGAGCAGAGCAUCCCCGUCAACAGCGCCGACAUCUUCGUGCACCCCAACUGGAACAGCUACUGCGUGGCCUGCGGCCGGGGGGCCGCUGCCGGACAAGCUGCAGCAGGCGCUGCUGCCCGUGGUGGACUACGAGCACUGCACGCAGCCCGACUGGUGGGGCCUCCUCUCCAUCCGGCGCACCAUGGUCUGCGCUGGCGGCAGCGACGAGGCCGGCUGCAACGGCGACUCGGGCGGCCCCCUGAACUGCCAGGCGGCCGACGGGAGCUGGGAGGUGCACGGCAUCGCCAGCUUCGUCUCCUCGCUGGGCUGCAACACGCCGCAGAAACCCACCGUCUUCACCCGCGUCUCCGCCUUCGAGGACUGGAUCGACGAGAUCCUGAGCAGCAACUGAGCGGCUGCGGCGGGACGAAUAAACCUGGGCUCUGGCUCCGCGCACCUCCCGCCUGUUCUCUCGGUCGCGGCCCGGCUGCCGGCGAGGGGCACGCGCGUGUGCACGGGCCAUGUGCGCGCACGCCGCCGGGCAGCCACGUGCCUGCUGCAUGUGCACACGCGCUGCCGGCAAUGCACGUGCCCGUUGCAUAUGCACGCACCGGGCCGGGCAUGCACAUUGCAUGUGCACACUGCAUGACCGUGCACACGUGUGCACGUGCACGGCUGUCCAUGCACACGCAUCUCACAGGCGUGCACACGUGUGCACACGCACGGCCAGGCACGCACACAAAUAUUGCACAGGUGUGCAAACACGUGCACGCACCGCCGUGCACGCACAAGCACGUUGCACGGGUGUGCACGCGCAGCCGUGCGCGCACGCUGCACAGGCACACGCACACGCGUGUGCACCCCCCCGCCGUGCAGGCACACGCGCGUUGCACAGCCGCGCGCACACCCGGAGCACGGCCGCACGUGCGCGCACACGCGGCCCCGGCGAGACCGGCGCCGGUUGCCAGCAGAUGGCACUGGUGGAACGGGCCCGAACACCUUGGGGGGCACCCGCGCCCGGCACCCAUGGGUGGCCCGUGGGGUCCCUUGUCCCGGCCGGAGGCAGUGGCCGGACCGUGCACCCGGCGUGGGAGGAGAGCCGGGGACCCCCGGGUCCCGAAGGGAUGGGGCAGCCCUAGAGAUACCCCCCAGGCCUGGAGGUACCCAGGCCCCACGGGGACGGACACACGGGCAUGUCCAGGCACCACGGGGAUGGGCACAGGGGCAUGUCCAGGCACCACGGGGAUGGGCACAGGGACAUGCCCGGGCACCGCGGGGAUGGCCAUGACCCCAGAUGCACCCGGAGGCGCCUGGGUCCCGCGGGGCUGGUUGCAAGCCUGGAUGCACCCGGAGGCGCCUGGAUGCACCCGGAGGCGCCUGGAGCCUGCAGGGAUGGACACGAGUCCGGCUGCACCCGGAGGUGCCUGGAUGCACCCGGAGGUGCCUGGAUCCCGGCUGCACCCAGAGGUGCCCGGAGGCGCCCGGGUCCCGCGGGGCUGCACAUGAGCCCAGCUGCACCCA